CCUUGCCCCCCUCCCCUUCCUUCCUUCUUUCUUCCUCUGCUUCCCUUCUCCCCUUUCUCUCCUCCUCUUCUCUCUUUCCUCCUUCAGCCAAUGCGAUCCCCGGAAGGGUGGGCUUGGGAAGGGAGGGGGAAUGGAAAGAAAAAGCCAGGCUCUUCCCUUUGCCACUCUCUUUCUUAUCCCAAAGCAGGGAAGUCCUUCAAGGGAGCGUCCCAAAGACCUGGGGGGUCAGGAACCAAUCUUUGGCAAACUUUGGCAAACUUUUCUCCGCUUUUGCGCAUUGGGUCGCAACUUCUUUCAGCUCCCCCCAGGCUCUAGUUACAUAUAUAUAGAGAUACAUAUAUUUCUUCUCUCCCCCCCCCCCUUUUCCCCAACAGCAGGGCUUGAGCCACUUCGUCGUCCCUCCCAAACUGGACGCCUGAAGCCAAGAUGUCCCAGCUGUCUGUUAAAGAGCAUCUGGAUGGGAUACUUUCCGACUUCGAAGCCCUAAAGAGGUCCUUCGAUGUAGAAGAUGGAGAAGAGGAGCCAGAGUUUUCCCCUUCCUCUCCACCACAUUCCCCCUUGAAUCCCAUCUCACCUGGAGUCCUCCUGACCCCUGGCAAUGGAGAGGGGAGGAGAGCUGGGGGUCCAAUGCUGCCCUCUUACCAGACUCGCGUCGGCUUGGGCUCCAGCCCAGCUCAGAACCCCAACCCCAAGGCACGGAUCAGUGGCAGCCUCUCUUUCAACAGGGGCACCAUGCAGCCUCCUCGAGCCAAUGGGACAAACCUCACCAGGGUCUCCUCCUUCCAGACACAGCUCAACCCCAAUGGCUUCUCAUCAUCCUUGGGGCCUGGAAGUGACAACGAGAGCCUGCAUAGCUCAUCUUCCAGCUUGGAGUGCCCGAUACCCAUCAAAGGAUCUCAGAAUAUGGCUCCACAAUUGCAGUUACCCACAUCAUCUGCUACCCAGCUUUCCAGUCACAUCCUGAAGAAGUUCUCCUCCCAUGGCAACGUCUUCCAUGCCGAGGUGGACCAGCCCAUCCAAGAGAUCUCCAAAGCUGCUGUGAAUCACAGCUCAUUGCCCUCGCUGGACCUGCACAUUGCCGAGGAACAGGGAAUCAGCCUCCCUCUUUGCUCUACUCCAAAACCUGAUGCCACAAAGAGCUACAGGGACCAGAACUGUACCUCACCUCCACCAAAGAACAACACAUUCAUGAGAAAGGAGGCCUUCAUUCCGGCCGUGCAAGCUAGCCAGUUGGCAAACAAGGCUGCUCCUGCUCCAGCCUCUAGGCAGACAGCGAAGUUGCAGAAAUUCCCCAUCAGCCUUGAUGGGUUGAUUGGAAAGUCUCCAAAUGGUGCUUUCCCUAUGGCACCAAAGGCUGAUUCUACAUUCAAACCUUUGUCUAAGGCAGAGCUCCAGGUCAACCUUGGCCCUAGCCUGAGCAUGGCCCAGAAACACCCAGAAGUCAUCUGGGGAGAUCAAACUGUCACAGGGAGCAGCAUUUGCCUGCCACCUUCUUCCAGGAGCCUUCCAGGAGCUCCCUUCCAGCUUGUGUCACAUCUCCAAAUGCCACAAACCACUUCCCGGCCAUCUUCUCAUGGAGACCCAGCAACAGGAUCUCCACAAGAAGAGCCAGGUCCAUCAAGUCCAAGAGAAAGCAGCUAUGUUCCGAUAGAGAAGGUCAACUCUCCUAUCUGCCAAGAAGCCCCCAAACUUCAUGUUCUAGUGCCGUCUUCUUGCUCAAGUGAAGAUCCCCUCAUCAGAGCAAACAAGUCACUGGAGGCUUCUUUGGAGCAGAAGGAACUUCAAGACAAGGAGCCAUUAAAGGAAGAGCAAAGCUCCUUGAAGCAGGCAUUCAGCAUGGAAGAGCAAGCGCCUCGAGAGCAACUUCCCCGGGACGGCCCUUCCCUCAGCACAGGGGAUCGGCAGCUCUUUGGCUACGUGGGGAUCGAUGCCGUGCUGGACCAGAUGCGGAUAAAGACCAUGAAAACAGGCUUUGAGUUCAACAUCAUGGUUGUAGGACAGAGUGGUCUCGGCAAGUCAACCAUGGUGAAUACUCUUUUCAAGUCCAAGAUCAGCAGGAAAUCCACCUGCUCCGGGUACGAGGAGCGCAUCCCCAAGACGGUGCACUUGCUCUCCGUCACGCAUGUUGUUGAAGAGAAAGGGGUGAAGAUGAAGUUGACGGUGACAGACACACCAGGAUUUGGGGAUCAAAUUAACAAUCAAAACUGCUGGGAGCCAAUUGUUGAAUUCAUCAAUGAACAGUACGAACGCUACUUAAGGGAGGAGAUCCUCAUCAACCGCAAACGGAAAAUCCCCGACACCCGCGUGCACGCAUGCGUGUAUUUUGUGCCACCCACCGGGCACUGGCUGCGUCCCUUGGACCUGGAAUUCAUGCGGCGGCUCAGCAAGAUCACCAAUGUGGUGCCGGUCAUUGCCAGAGCAGACACCUUGACCCUGGAGGAGCGGGCAGAGUUCAAGCAGAGGAUUCAGAAAGACUUGAAGGCCCAUGGGAUCCAUGUCUACCCACAAGUAGACUUUGACGAGGACCCGGAUGACAGGCUUCUGAAUGACAAAAUCCGGGAGAAAAUCCCUUUUGCUGUGGUUGGAGCAGACAAGGAGCACCAAGUGAAUGGCAAGAAGGUGCUGGGCCGCAAAACCAAGUGGGGCAUUAUUGAAGUGGAAAACCCUGCCCACUGCGAGUUUCCUUUGCUGCGGGAUCUCUUAAUCAGGUCUCACCUGCAGGACCUCAAAGACAUCACCCACAAUGUGCAUUAUGAGCAGUAUCGUGUGCGGCGUCUCAAUGAAAGCAACCAGGCUUCCAAGGGAGGCGAGCGCCUGGCCCUGAGUUCCGUCAACGGAGAGCCAGAGAGCCACCUUUGAGCAGCAGGGAUGGCCUCUCCUGCCCCAUGCAUCCCACCCCCAGUCUCACUGACCCCGUUCCCCAAUGGCUUCUACAGACUGGUGUCUCCUUCCCAUUUCCUCUUCUGCAAUCAGCCAGAACAGGUUUUCUGAAAGAUGUCCCCCUCCCUUGCUCCCUGUCUCUUUUGAUCAGAAAGGGGAUCUCUGACUUUGAAAUCCCAGCGUCUUGUGUUGGGCACCAACACAUCCAUCUGCUGCCUUACAGUUUCACAUCUCAGGGGCAGGACAGCCAUCUCCUGGACUUUGCUCACCAUGAUCUUGUCUUCUCAGCCAAGGAAACCUCCUUCCUGCCUAAAUGGGUUGUGCUCUUUAUAUGGACUCCAGAGCUAAGACCUUGAGGUCAUCACUUAACCCACUCCUGAGCCCCAUUUUGCCCAUGCCUACCUUUCUUUCAUAUUCUCCCAAUUUUUCUAAUGUUGUACCAUUCUUCUGUGAUGCUUCUUGGCUCGGGAGAUGGAGGCUCAGAACACUGAAGGAUUGACAUCGCAUGAAAAGGUGAGCCCAUCAACUUUGACAGCAAAGAAUGGCGCACCCAUUCCUGUUCUGGACUCCUGCAGGCUGGGAUCGUAGCCUGCAAAAACAGUCUUAUGGCAAAACAUCCUAGCAUUCUUAUGCUAUUUGGACCAGGAUUGAUUGCUGUUUGAAAGGAUUCGUGGUGGGAAGGAGUGGUUUGAAUACUUCUGCAAGAUCAUCAGGCAAACCAGAAGAGCCAGAAUUGGCCCAGACCAUUAUAAUAGAUGCUUUCUUGCCUUGUACUGGGUUCCUUUUACUUAUUUUUUUGUCUCAGAAGGCAAAGAGGCUUGGGAUUUCUGAGAAGACAGCCGAUCCCCUGCUGAUGCCAGAACAGUGUGAGAGAGCUCACCACCAUCUCCUGGAAGCCAGCCUCAUCCAUCCGAUUGCAUUUUAUAUUCCUGGGCAAAGAGCACCCAGGCAGGUUGUGAAUCUCCUGUUUACACAUUAAAGAGAAACUCUG